AUGCCACGCUUUCUCCUCCCGAAGAGCUCAACGCCGCAUCGCGUAGCAGCGAUCGCUCUUUACCGAGCGCUGCUUUCACGAUGCACUUCAGCACCACUCCCGGAUGAGGAUCGUAGCUCCUUACGGAACGCAGUCCGGCAGAAAUUCCGCAGAAACCGCAAGAUAGCAAGUGCGCGACAGCUCGGUCUAACCUUUCGUGCUGGUUAUGAGAUUCUCGACCAUCUGGAUGCAGCCAGCGCCGGGGAUACCUCCAGUGCCAGUUUCCUGACCUCUGUUAUAUCCAAUCUAACGCCUGGACUCAAACGUCCUCCUCCACCGAGACAUCCAACUCCACCGCCCCCGGCGAAAAAAGAGCUUGCCUGCCUACCGCCCGAGAAUGCCGUACUACGCGUUCGCCCACGUCAGGUUGUCAGUGGGCCUCGCCACGUUCCAAUACUAUGCUCAGCAAACGGUAUACCAUUCCUGCGACUCACGAAGCCUCAGCCUGCUAGUUUAAGUAGAGUGCUGCGGCAAAAGCUGGAUACGCGGAACCUGUUGUUCGACAGGAAGGUUCUUAUCAGCAACUACUGGAUCCCGAUAGCCACGCAGGAAGAUAAAUGGGAUGAGAUACUGCAGCAGGAGCUGGGCUUCCGAGACGAUCCAGAGGCUGAAGAAGACACAUGGGUCGGUGUGUUUGAACAGGCAUAUAACGACAAUACCAAACAGCAUGAAAUGCAUCUGAAGAAGGACAAAGCCAUAGCACAGAAGAUGCUGGAGAUUGUGGACAAGGAGACCGAAUUAGCGCUCAAGGAAGGACAGAAGAUUGUCCGUGGUCGCAGACAUCGUCCGAUCAGAAUAAUAUCCCCA